CUGGAAGAAGCUCAAGUCAUGGCGCAGUGGAGACGCUUCGCGUUCUUCGACAAGGAGGUUCUCAAGGAUGCAAAUGGGCCAUGGAUGAAGGGAGUCGACAUCACGAGUAUGAGUGCCAAUCGAGGGCUCAUCUGCGUAGGAGACGCUGACGGUUUCGUGCACUUGGCCAACCGCUCACUGGAGGCCCGUAAGUUCCAAGCACACGAGCUGUUCGUGUCACACGUCGUCAUGAUGAAACGCAGCAACGUCCUAGUGACAAUCGGUGACGGCAUUGACCCGCGACCGGAUGAGCUGCGCGAACAGUCCAAGGCCAUCGCUGAAGCUGGCCGAUCACCGAACGCCGAAGAAAUGUACACUUCCAAACCAUCAGGGAAGAGUACAGCAGUGGUGCGUUUCUGGCGCACAGACCAGCAAGACCGAGAGGGCAAGCCCAAGUUAUUGCAACAGAUUCCUGUUUUCGCCAAGAAAUACCCGGAGGAGGCAGUCACAGCGUUCGCAGUGAACGACGACUUGAGUCAAUUUGCAGUAGGACUGAAGAACGGCGCCGUGAUCUUGUUCCGCAGCGACUUAAAGCGUCGUGCUGACCGUCCCCCUCAUCUCCUGCAACCUGCUGGCCAGUAUCCAGUCACUGGACUGUCCUUCACCAGUAAACCGGUCACGGCGACUGUAUCUCACGUGUUUUUGUAUGCCUCUACUCGACGAGGACUCACGUGUUACCACUGCUCGCACGACGACCCUGCCUUGGUGAAGAGUGCUGGUGGAGCUGCGGCUCUCCCACCACGUACGACGGUGCUGGAUGAACGUGGCGUGGAUAUGAACUGCUCGUGUGUGAACGAGGAAGGAGAGAUCGCUGUGGGCCAGACAGAUGCUGUGUACUUCUACACAACUGAAGAUCGCUCGGUGUGUUUCGGCUUUGAAGGCGAGAAGAAGUAUUUAUGCUUCUUCAAGCAUUAUCUUCUGGUAGCACACGUGGAUCCGCGUGGACGACAUCAAGUGAAUGUGUACGAUCUGCAGAACAAGUUCAUUGCGUUUAACUGGACUUUAACCAGCACAAACCCCAAGGGGCCGAUGCGUAAGCCACCGCUCGCAUCAAACGCCAGAGCCCCCGGUGCACGUUUCGGAUUGGAUGAAAUGGAAGAAGUUCGUCACGUGGUGUGUGAAUUCGGCGCUAUCUUCGUGGUGUCUUCUAUGGGUCAUGUAUACCGCUUAAGCGAGAAGGAUACGACGUCCAAGUUGGAGAUUUUAUUCCGCAAGAACCUGUAUUCGAUCGCUAUUUCGUUGGCCUUCAGCUCCAACUACGAUGUCAACAGUAUCAUCGACAUCUUCCGCAUGUAUGGAGACCAUUUGUACCAGAAAGGAGACUACGAUGGAUCGUUGCGUCAAUAUGUGCGUACAAUUGGUCAUGUCGAGCCAUCGUACGUGAUUCGUCGCUUCCUGGACGCACAACGUAUCCAUAACCUCACAGCUUAUCUCGAAGCUCUUCACGAGAAGGCUUUCGCUAACGCCGAGCACACGACGCUAUUGCUGAACUGCUACACGAAGCUGAAGGAUGUCAAGAAGCUGGAUAAAUUCAUCCAACUGGACGAGGUGAUCGACGCCAAGAAAACGAAAAGUGACAGUGAUUCCGGUGAUUUAACGCCCAGGAACGGAGCCGCAGCCAAUCUGAACUUCGACGUGGAGACUGCCAUCAGUGUGUUAUGGGAGAAUUAUCCGCAACACGCGUUGACGCUGGCGAAGAAACAUGAAGAACACAGUUGGUACUUGAAGAUUCAACUGGAUCAUAUCAGCUACGUCGACUCAGAGGACUCUGCUGCGUUGUCAGAGAGCGAGAAGGAACGUGUGGCUGAUGCAUUGGAGUACAUCGAGCAUCUGAGCUUUUCGGAAGCCGAUUCGAACUUAAGGAAGUAUGGACGUACUUUGGUUACACACAUGCCAGCCCCCACGACGGAGCUGUUGAAGCGUCUAUGUACUGGGAAGUUCGUGCCGGGUAACCCGUCGUUGAAGUCGGACCCGGGCGAUUUCCUCCACUUGUUUGUGUCGCAUCGCGCUCAACUCAAGGAAUUCCUGCAGUAUAUUGUGGAGGUGGAGACGGUGAGCAACACAUCGAUCGGUAACACGUUACUGGAGAUGGUUUUGAGUGACGAUGACGAGGAAGAAGGCGGAACUCGCUCGGUGGAGGAGAAGGAAGAAGCGGUGCUGCGUAUUCUGGACAACCCUCGCGUUAAGUACGAUGAAGACCAUGCGCUGAUUCACUUGCAGAUGCACGGCAUGAAGAAGGGCAAGCGCUAUCUGUACAACAAGCUGCACAUGUACCACAUGUUAGUGCAGUUCCACAUCGAGGAGAAUGAUGAUCAGAGUAUUCUUGAAGAGGUCCGUAAACACGGAGAGAAGGACCCAAAUCUCUGGUCGUUGGCCUUGAAAUACUUCGCAGAACGAGGACCUUUACCCAAGGGAGCUACCGGUGGAGAAGAGUGGAAGGAACUGAAGCAAUUGCUGGCUCUUAUUGACACGAACCCAGCGAUUCCUCCACUUCAAGUUGUGCAGGUGUUGAGUCAGUCCAGGGAGCUGCCGGUGUCGGUGAUCAAGCAGUAUGUGGUGAACCAGCUGGCUAGUGACGAGAAGAAAAUUGAAGAAGACGAGGAGAAGAUCAAGGCGUUUAAGGGUGACACGAAGCAGAUGAAGGAGGAGAUUGCCCAACUCAGUAGUCGCGCUGUGGUCUUCCAGGCCACAAAGUGCGAUCUGUGCAACCACGACUUGGAUCUCCCAGCAGUGCACUUCAUGUGUCAACACAGUUUCCACUUGAACUGCAUCUCCGAGACGGACCGGGAGUGUAUCACGUGCUCAAUGGACCAUCGUCACAUUCUGGGGCUCAAGACGCAGCUUGAACAGAAGGCUGGGAACCACGAACAGUUCUACAACCAAUUGGAGACCGCGGCGGAUGGCUUCCACACCAUCGCAGAGUACUUUGGCAAGGGAAUCUUCAAGAGCAACGAGGUCGUGCUGGACGAGGGAUCCUUCGAGACGCGCUUCAGUGCCGAGUUUUAGCUUGAUAAAGUUCACUUGUGUGUUAAUUUUCCGCCUUUAUCAUCACGUCAAGUCGAUUAUGUCUAC